AUGGACGAGGAAAUGACAGAUGAUUUUGAUCACUACACCAACACCUACCAAGUUUAUACUAAGAACCCCCAAAACUGUCAAGAAUUCCUUGGUGCAUCAGGUAUCAUCAACUGGAAACAACAUUUGCAAAUCCAAAGUUCGCAGUCCAGCCUGAACGAAGUGAUACAAAAUCUUGCAGCUGCUAAAUUGGUCAAGGUCAAGCAAAAACAAGGCAUUAUGUAUAUGUUGCCCGAGACAGCAAGUAAACUGCUCCCUUCCUUGCUGGAGGCAAAGAACUUACCUCUUAAAUCUGGCAGACGCAAAAUCAUCAACCAAGAGAUGUUUAAACUCUCCUCAAUGGAUGUUACUCAUGCUGCCUUGGUGAAUAAAUUCUGGCAUUUCGGUGGCAAUGACAGGAGCCAGAGAUUCAUCGAGCGCUGUAUCCAGAACUUCCCCACCUUCUGCCUGCUGGGGCCCCAGGGGACCCCUGUGUCUUGGAGCCUGAUGGACCAGACAGACGAGAUACGGAUGGGGGGUACUCUGCCUGAGUACCGGAACAAGGGUCUCAUCUCCUAUCUCAUGGAUGUUCACAUCCAUGCUCUGGACAAACUUGACUACCCUACCUAUUACCAUACAUUUGUAACCAACAAAAUCAUACAGAAAAUGAGUCACAGUCUGAAUCAUAUCACCUUGCCCUGUGACUGGAACCAGUGGCACUGUGUGCCCCUGUGAAGCAGCCCUGAACACAAAACAGUGUUGGGUGGGCUAAUGUGGCAGGAAGAGUGGAUGGGUGGGCAGAGAGAAAGAAUAAAUUGUAAUUAGCAGUAAAGUGGUACGUGUUGUCUGGGCUCUGGGAAGCAGUACAAAUGGUCAACAGAAUCACACAGUCCCUGCUCUUAAACCACUCAUGGACUUCCCUUUGGGUCCAGCAGACCUGGCAUGGCCAGACCUUCCUGUAGUGGACCCUGGUCUUGUUCAGUUUCCUACACUUCUGGAUCUCAGUGACACUAUUCAGCUGCAUUCUGCCCUAAUGCUUCUCCUGGAACUCCUAUCUUACAAGCGGAGUAUUGCUAAUGAGCAUAUCCCGACACUUUUGCCAAGAUGUGGCAUUAUCUUAAGGGUAUAGUGUAAUUAUCCUCUCUCUUUUCUUUACCCUCCCUCUCCCCCCCCACCCUCAACUAGCUUCACUGAGGUAUA